AUGAUCAAGAAGCUUCGUGACCGCGGUGGCCAGCCCUCAUUUGUGGUGUGCCUGUUCUGUCUGCUGUUCCUGGGCAUAGUCGCUCUUAUCAUUUUCCUCAUGUCAACGGAGAUCAUAGAUAUCGACGACAGGGACGACGGCGCCGGUGGCGGUGGUGGCGGCGUCAAGGAUGACAUCAAAGAUGUACCGUAUCCGGGCACCAUCUAUUCCAAGCCAACCGUUACUAAGCCUGUGACAUCCCGACCCUCACCACGACGACCCGCAACCACUCCUCCUGUGUCCACAGCUGCCCCGUCAAGACCAACACCGCCCGUUUCGUCAACCCUGCCACCAACAGGUGUGCUGCCACCGGUGUCCACAACGUCGUCAAAUGCAAGGAUCAAGAGUACAGGAUACUCUAGGAAAAGUCCAUUGACCACUCCAGCAACGACGACUACCGGGGCUACCACGACCACAACUAAAAAAAAGGCUACUACGACCACGAGAAUGCCGACAACUCCGACUACCUCGACCAGCCGCUUCCCGGAACUAAGGCAAAUUCUAUGCUCGGUGGGCCGUACUGCCAUCGCGGAGACCAUGUACCCACCCGAAGGUCUCUGCACAUACUUGUUCUACACUGACGUUGUCAUCGUGGAGGCGAAGAUAGUUGCCGCAGCGGAGCGGAACAGCUGGAACGUGUUCCAAAUCAAGGCCAAGAAAUAUAACACGAUGAAGUCGGGUAUUGCUUUCGACCACAGGUACAUCAGCACGAAGCUAAUAUCUGAGGCCAUGGGCGAGCUGACUAUGCUGGCCACCAACAAGAUUGGAAGUUACGGCUUGCUGAAUAUUAUCACGAAGCCCACUGUACUUUACCAAACCGUGCUGGCCUUGAGGCCAGCUAUAGAAGCCCUCAAGAACAUCCAAGGCAGUGAUCCCGGCAAGACCACCGUGAUCGCGAUCGGAUCGUACGACUACAGUGUUUCCGGUUUUAUGGCCAAAUACAAGGAUAUAUUUGCAGAAGUCGUCGGCACAUUCAAGGCCGACAUAGUCAUCGCUAUCUCAUCGGUCGGAUCGAUGGAGGACGAGGCCAACUGCUACGCCGCUCCGCCAAAUGUCCUCACCUCUCCGAUAUUAAGGUUCCCGAGCAUGAAGAGCCAUUGGCAUCUCGUGAGCUCCAACACGACGAGGUACAUCAAGAACAAUAUAUUGGUGGGCCUGUCGAUCGAAAUGGGGGCCCUGAUCUACGUCCUCAAAAAGGACGCCCGCAACUUGAAUAGCAGCGCUUACGCCGAGUGCACCAGCUUCGGCAUGACGAGUCGCGAUGUGAUUUGCGCGACAAGAAAACAUGUUGACAGAGAUGAGCAGCUCCUAAGAAGGCCGUAUUUUAUAUAUGGCACAUUUCUCACUACAAGCACCAACAGGCACGUUGCCUUUGCCGAGUACCACACCAGCGUCCGGGACAAGUACACCGCGGCCCGCAGGAGGUUUGGCUCCGUGCGCAAACGAGCGGCGUUGAUGCUCUUCAACGUGCACCUUGGGGACGUGAGGAAGAAGUGCGGGCCCGACGCUUUCACCAUCAUAAAAUGGAUCUGCGAGGACUUCAGAGGUGUUAAGAAGUGCAGCUGAGCCAGCGUCUUUUCGUAGUGCACCUGGAAGCCAUAGACCCGCCAAUGGA